AUGGCUAGUGAGGAGAGUUUUGUUGUUUUGGUUCACCACAGAGGAUCCAUUAAGAGGAAAACUCGUUCCGGAGUGAAGUUCACAGAUAAGGAUCCUCUCUGUAUUGUCAUUACUCCUACGACGAGCUUUGAUGACCUUGUUAGAUCUGUACUAAUGAAGCUCGGUCUAGAAGAUGCGAAGCGGGUUAAGAAAUUUUUCUAUCGCAUUCCAAUCACGGUGCUCCAGGAUACCGUGAAGUAUGAUUGUUUCACGAUUAGUAGCGAUGAGGACUUGCAAGUAAUGUUUCUUUGUCGGCGGCAGUUUCCGGAGGUGAGGACACCAGAGUUGUUGGCAAAGCUGGUUGAUAUGGUAUCCAGCUCAGGGGGUUCGAACCGAAAUACCACCACUUUAGCCACGGUAGCCGGUUCUAGUUCUCGGCCUGCCGUUGGUUCUUCCUCCGUCCCUGUGUACCAGCCAGUGGUCCAACCUGUCGCCUCCCCGUCUUUUGCUGUUGAUCUCAACGGCAGCGUAGGCGACGAGGUAGGUUCAAGGGAAAAUCUGCCGAACGCUUUACUGGGCAUUGCACCGCUUGGGGUUGGAGACAGAUUAUUGGGUGAUGCAGAGGAGGAUGAUGUCGAUCCAGAUAUGAUUGACGAUGACAACGGCGAUGAGGAGGGGGUUUCUGGGCACUCUGUUGGAUUCGGAGCUAGAGAUGCGGAAGGGACUGCUGGUCUGACAGAGUUCCAGGUUGGUCAGCAAUUUCAGGAUAAAGAUCAGGCCCUUUUAAGUGUGAAGACUUACAGCAUCCAGCGAGGGGUACAGUACAAGGUAAUCAAGUCUGAUUAUCGUCGAUAUGUGGGCAAGUGUUCUAAGUUUGGGAAUGGGUGCACAUGGUUGAUUCGACUUAGUCUCCGGCAGCGGAAGGGCAUUUGGGAGGUCAAACGAUACAAUGGACCUCACACUUGUCUUGCUACCUCCAUCUCGAGUGACCACAGGAGUUUGGAUUAUCAUGUGAUAUCGGUGUUCAUUAUGUCAAUGGUUAGGGCUGAUGCAUCCGUCAUCAUCAAGUUGCUCCUGAAUGCCACGGCAGCACACUUUGGAUUUAGGCCGACUUACAGGAGGGUCUGGAUGGCAAAGCAGAAGGCUGUUGCCCUCAUCUACGGUGACUGGGAUGAGUAUUACAACGAGCUGCCCAGGUGGGUGUUGGGAGUCCAGUUGACGAUGCCUGGUACUGUUGCAGUCCUAAGGACUAGCCCCGUUCGAGUUGGAGGAUAGGUAGACGAGUCUUAAGCUUAUUUUCACAGACUUUUCUGGACGUUUCCACCGUGCAUCGAGGCAUUCCGUCAUUGCAAGCCGCUAGUCAGCAUUGAUGGCACCCAUCUAUAUGGCAAGUACGGGGGAACGUUGCUCAUCGCAAUUGCACAGGACGGGAACUCCAACAUUCUACCUGUUGCAUUCGCACUAGUAGAGGGUGAGAAUGCUGAGUCUUGGGCAUUCUUUCUCUCCCACCUUCGUCAGCACGUGACACCGCAGCCGGGUCUGCUGGUUAUAUCGGACAGGCAUAACGACAUCAAGGCUGCGCUUGAGGCUCCUAACGGAGGUUGGUUACCUCCAUCUGCAUACCGUGCAUUCUGCAUUCGACACGUAGCUGCUAACUUUGCCCUUACCUUCAAGGGCAAAGACGCACGGAGCCGAAUCACCUGUAAUUUGAACCAGGUAGGUUCGAAUUACUAA